UAUCCACAAUGGCGUAUCUUGCGUGUGGUGCAUAGUUUGAACGUAGAAUUCUGAAAGAGAGAUCCUAGUUUUGCGAAGAUGUCUACUGGGAAGCCAAAAAAACAUCUCGCACCUGGCUUGCAGCAAAAUGUUGGACAGAGCACAACAUCUAAGAAAAGCAACGCCACUCACUCAGUGACCAGAAGCAAGUAUGGUGGUGGAACGCGGAACACAGUCUUCGGGAGUUCCAGAAGUAACCUGGUGUCUUCCGCCAGUCGAAGUGUUGGAGUAGCAGCCAGCGAGAAGUCAGUCAAUGUCAAGAUACCUGUUCAGGUGGUUGAUGAGGCUGGGAAUGAUGUGACACCUAUCUCUCUUCUGCACCUUGACCCUAGCGUGGUCAAGAAAAAUCAGAGUAACCUUCUUGGUGACAGCUCAGGUGGAACGCCCACCGACCUGUCACAGGCAUCACAGUCAAUCUAUGGCUUUGGCACUGUCAACCAAAGUGCCUAUGGUGGAGGCCCAUUCACAAGGUCUGUAUUCAGUCAGUCCUAUGACACAGGGACAGAGUCAGGAGCUGAUGAUGAACAUGCUGAUCUCUCCGCACCAUGGGCAGAUAUCCGUCAUCGGCGAGAGGAGGUGAAAGAAAUCCUGACAGAUAUGGACCUGGAGAAGAUGGUGGACCUGACACUGACGGAGACGGAGACAAUAUGGCUGCUGGACAUGCCAGCUGUGUGCAUCUCGCUGGAGUCUGACGAGGCUGAUCAGGUCAAGACUAGGAAUGAGCAGUACCAAGAGCUGGUGAAGAGCCGUGUUGGCAAUGACAGGUAUGCAGAGAGGGGCAUGAACACAUUCAACGAACCGCCGAAGACCAAGAAUAUUCAGACGACCAAGAUUGUAUACAAUGACGUUGGCAUCUUGUCAACAACUUGGGACAUGUAUGACACAUAUGAGGCCAUAGAAAAAGAAGCGAAAGCCAAGGAGGAGGCAGAGGAAGAAGAGGAAGGAACGAUCAGUCGCCCCACGAGUCCCAAAACACCAGAUGAGCAGGCUGAGGGUGAGCCCACCCCAGUGUCCAGGGAGACCACCCUGGUCAGAGGGGGCAGUGCGAGGCCAGGUUCCAUCAUUGUGAGAUCAGUCGCAAGUCGACUGACAGAAAGUCGAGCAACUGUGGCCUCAUCAGUUGCUGGGUCGGAGAGUGUAUUUGCCAGCAAGGAGACAGGAGUAUCAUCCAUGCCGACAGAUGCGCAGGCUCAUGAUGAGGAGAAGAUACUGAAGUCUGAGAACCUUAAGCGUGAUCUAUUCAUCAUGGAAAGAAAUCUCAACUUGAACUCAUACCAGCCCAAACAGGCCCUGUAUAGAGGAUAUGGCAUCAUUACAGACAUAGAUCGAGAGGUGUCCAGUAUGACGCAAACCAGUGUAGCUGAUAUGGGUCCAAACCUGGACCGUCUGUGGUCCUACUCUUGUCCACUGACCAAGGGCCGGAAUGUGUCUUGUAUGACUUGGAACAAACUCAACCCUGACCUAAUUGCAGUUGGAUAUGGCCAGUUUGAAUUUACAAACCAGAAAGGAGGCUAUAUUUGUGGGUGGUCACUUAAAAACCCAGAGUUCCCUGAGAGAGUGUUCACAUGCAAGGAAGGUGUGACUGCACUGGACUUCUCUGCAGCAAACCCAAACUUACUAGCAGUUGGAAUGUACGAUGGUGGAGUGGCGAUAUACAAUGUCAAACACUUGAAAGAUGAACCAAUUGUGGAUAACUUCGGAUCAGCAGGUAAACACACAGCACCAGUGUGGCAGAUCAGGUGGAUCGAAAAGGAGCGAGGGUCCGGGGACGAGAGGGCAGAGGUCAUAGUGUCUAUCUCCACAGAUGGACGGGUCACACAGUGGUCAAUCAGGAAGGGUUUCGAAAGCUAUGAUUUAAUGCGUUUGAAGAGAGUCCCCACCAGAAUCGGAGGCAAGACACGGGAGAAGAAAGGAGAAGCAUUUAUCUCACGACAAGCUGGCGGACUCUGUUUUGACUUCCACGCAAGAGACACCAAUAUCUACCUAGCUGGUACAGAGGAGGGCCACAUACACAAAUGUUCUUGUUCCUACAAUGAGCAGUAUCUGGAGAGCUACUCCGGACAUACGAGCCCUGUGUACAAGAUCCAGUGGUCACCGUUUGUGCCAGACAUCUUCCUAAGUUGCAGUGCCGACUGGAGCAUCAGACUAUGGCACCAGGACCAACAGAAGCCAAUCCUCACCUUCCUCUCAUCUACAAAAGCUGUAAAUGACAUAUCAUGGUCUCCGAGGUCAUCAACGGUGUUCGCGUGUGUCAAUGAGGGAGCUGUAGAAGUGUGGGACCUCAAUGUCAGCACUUUAGACCCAGUGAUAAUCAACAACCCUACAACAGACACUAAACAAGUAUCUGUCACGUUUGCCAAAAACUCAGAGUGUAGCCUGGUAAUUAAGUCGUCGGUUUCAAGCUAG